ACGGGGCCCAGCGCUGUCACAACAAAAAUGUCUAUUUAGCAAAACGCUAGAAAAUAGUGAAAAUAUUAUCUAAAAAUUCGUAAAUAUACGCAUCGUUUAAUUUGUGUUCGUGUUUGCAAGCCAGCAAGCGCACCGCCACAUUGCGACGUCUCGGUGGCACUCGGCGUAAGUGGUUGUAACCGACACAGCAGCCGUGCUUAUUCCUACACUCCCCACCUCCUGAAUGAACUGUGACCCUUUGGUUGUAUGCGAAGUGUUACGACGGAACUAGCAGCAGCAGCAGCAGCAGCACCAGGAGCCCCAUCGCCAAAACCACCAACAACAAAGCGCGAUCGAACCAGCAGCAGCGCACAAACCCCGUAGCGGAAUUCCGUCGUCCUGUUUCUGGGAGCUGCCUGUGCGUGUGCCGUGCGUGAUCGUGUGUGUGUGUGUGUGUAUCACCUCCUGUCCCGUCCCUUUCACGCGUAGUGUGCAAACAACGCAUCAGCGAUGAUUAAACUGUUCUCGCUCAAACAACAGAAGAAAGAUGGUGAAGCAACGCCGAAGGCCGGAGGACAGAAGAAAACUUUCACUGCUGCACAGCUUCGCAUCACCAAGGAUAUCAACGAGCUAAACCUGCCGAAAACAUGUGCCACCGAGUUCCCGGACCCGGACGAUUUGCUCAACUUCAAGCUGAUUAUCUGCCCGGAUGAGGGUUUCUACAAGAGCGGUCGCUUCGUGUUCAACUUCAAGGUUGGACCGAACUACCCGCACGAGCCGCCGAAGGUCAAGUGCGAAACUCAGGUCUAUCAUCCGAACAUAGACCUGGAGGGCAACGUGUGUCUGAACAUUCUGCGCGAAGACUGGAAACCGGUGUUGACGAUCAACUCGAUCGUCUAUGGGUUGCAGUACUUGUUUCUGGAACCGAAUCCGGAGGAUCCGCUCAACCGGGAAGCGGCGGAAGUGCUGCAAACCAACCGGCGCCUGUUCGAGCACAAUGUUUUCAAAGCGAUGCGCGGCAACUAUAUUGGCGCGACGUACUUCCAGCGCUGUCUCAAGUGAUAUAUAAAUUCGAAACUAACCCUUACAUGUUGCGUUUAUUUAAUUAUUCUUACGAUUGGUGGGCGCUAUUAUAUAGACUUUAACUAUAAUUAAAGAGAGAGGACAACGGGAAAUGCCACGAACAAGCAAACACAAGCAGCACAGCAGCAGCAACAGCAGCAAGUAGCGCAGAAACCCAAAAUGCAAAGAAAAAGCCCUAAUGGCAAUCUAAUAGGAAAGGAAAAUGCACGGAAAUUCACCCAAACAACUGGAACUGAAAGUAAAUGAAGCAUACACAAGGGAAUAGAAGUUAACGGCGGAUUAAACAAAAAAAAAAGAAGCGGCAACGCGUUACACACCAUUUCCACUCUUACGCAACCUUUCGAUUUAGUGUAGAAGCUGCAAGUUUGGCCUUGUGUAGAAUGUGAUGAUAUGAAAGAGAAAACCCGAAAGCAGACGAAAUAGCGGAGCAAACGAUCAGAGGAACUACAGGAACGGGCGAUGAUGCACCUUGUUUAGAUAGCUUAAAAAUCGCGGGAUGCAGCUCAACAACAAACAAAAAUAUACGACGAAUGCACUUACAGUCAGUCGGGGGAGGAAAUAGGCUCGAUUCGGUAAAAAAGCACACGAUAGAAUAGCUCGAGAGGCAAGAGUAGAAACAAGAACAUACAGGAACGGCAACACAAUGCACACACAAACACACACUCUUAACUCACGUUUGAUCUGUACAUUCUCUACCCAGCUGUUGUGAGGAGUUGCGCGCACUGCAAGCGCAUACGCCACGCGCACGCAAUGGUUUACGCAUCGGAAAAGCAGCGAACCAAGUGCGCGAAUUGCUGCUUGAGCGUUAACAAAAUUUAAACAUCUCCGACGGCUUCAUUUGGUCGAUGGGAAAAGGCACAAUUUCUUGAACACAAUGGAUCGCGCCAGGGAUAGAGAGUGAAGGCGGAUUAGUACGGUAGCUUACGUUGCGCUUAUAGUGAUUAUAAAAAACGAAAAUUAAGUCCCUUUCUCUCCCUCACACACACACACACACUCAAGCCGUUACAGUCUCUAGUGGCUAAAUCGUAAAAGGAUAGUAUAGAGAAAACCUUUCGUCUAAUAAACACUUAGCAAAACAAAGGACAUGGGCCACUCAUUCGUGCUCCUCGUCGUACUACACACACACACACAUACACACACACACGCUUGCGUUUGGCGCGUAGUAGUAGAGACUGCCAUCUGUUGAGAUAUGCCGCAGCGAAGCGUUCUGUCGACAUUUGCCGUUUGCCAAUCGUUAUGAUUCUUUUUUUUUAUUAUUAAUAAUUACUGAAACAAAAACCAACCACAACAAACGCGUUACAAUAGAGAGGAAACAAACCAAAAUCUACUAAACAAGGAAAAAGGCUCCCGCUCGAUCGUUCCCCAAAACUGAAUGCUAGAGAAAAAGCAAAAGCAUGGCAUACUACACAACAAUACGUAGGAUAAUGAACAACACAAAAAAACGGAAAAAAUAAACUGUGAAAAGAGGAAACGAA